AGCCAAGCAUAGAGUCCUGUAUCGGCCAGAGACAGCGUUCCAAAUUUAAACCCAGUGCUAUUCCAUAUUUAAAUUAAGAAAUAAGUGAUGUGUUGGAACGUGUCAUGUUCCAUGUUCAAACUCUAAGGACAAAGACAAUUAUAAUAUAGUUCUCUAGUUCAGUUCUAAGGUUUUUGAAUGAAAUGGGGAAGAAGAAGAAACCUAAUGGAAAGAAAGGUGCGAAUAGAUUCUUCCGCUGGAUCCGAAGCGAUCUCCCGGAUGAAGAAGACAAAAAAUCACCCGUCCUCCUCUUGGGAGUAAACAAGAUAUCUGAUUCUCCAUUUUUUCUACGAAGGAGAAUCACAGACCCUCACGCGUCGGGAUCUAUUAGAUUUUUCCGCCCACCAAAAUCAAAAUACACAAGAGGUCUAAAUGGAGACGAACGAUUGGAGAAAAUCAGACAAGACCUACUCGUCCAUAAACAUAGGCCGGACACCUACAUUCCAAAUACUAAACACGAAGUGUCAAUAGAACCCGAAUCUAAAGAGCCUUGUAUCAAAUUGAGCUGCGUAAGAAACUGUAUAUGUGACAGGAACAAGUCUUCGUCAAAUAGAGGCUCGUUUUCCUUCCACAGACCAGAGAACAGGCAGUCGUCUCUAUGUCCAUCAGAACCGUAUGGUAAAGCUGAGAAUAGAGACACCUCCGAAAACGAAAUUGAAUUUAAGUACACUGAACUCAUUCCAGAUGUCCAACCUUCUAGCAGUAAGCAGCAUUCUUACAACGUAACUCCAAAGUCGACGGAACGCAGACAUUUUUUACUCACCAACUUAAAUGAGCGGUUUCGUAAAACACUAAGCUUGGAUUCACGUAAAAUUGAGACGAAUAGAGUCCUCAGUCUCCCACAAGAAUCUCGACCUAAAUCUUUAGUCAACACAAGCAACAUUUGCGUCCAGCAAUAUAAAUCGGGAGAUCCGUUCCUUCCGCAAAAUUUUGAGAAAGCUAACCGACCGAAGAAGAAACGAAAAUCUUUUUUCUCACUUGAUACAUUUUUUGAUACUAAGAAAUCUGACACAUCAUCAAUAGACGACUAUUGUUCUUCUAAAUAUAAGCGUUUCGAACUAGAAAGCGACGAUUCUCCACUGUUCAGGCGUGAUCUAUCCAAAGAAAAGACGCCAGAUCUCUUAAAUCUACCCGUUAUCAUAGAUUCUGUGCGUAAGAAGCAAACAGACACAAAACGCCAAUUGGAAAAACUGGAGAACCAUUUCUAUAAAAGCUUAAAUAAAACGAGAGCUGUUAUAGACGCAAUACCUGCUGAUGCGACGGAUCUAGAAGGACCAAGUGGACAUUCCAACCACUUGUUCGUUUAUGAUGAUGACGUUGAAUACAUCGAGCCUAUACGUAGCAAUUUCACAAGUCAAAGCACCUUAAUUCUGGACAAAGGUAUCCAAGGAGAUGGAACUUUAAAACCUGGAUCAAUUUUGACUAUAGAUACAGAAGAUACUGAUAUUAAAUUGCCAAGUUCUACAGUUUCCCCUAAAUCAAAUGAAGUUAGGUGUUUAUAUAAUGAUUUGGACAGUAUAGGUGCAUAUGAAAUCGAGGUGAAAGAAUCGGAUUUGAUGAAAGAGUGCUCUAAGAAACUGGUGGUGAAAGUGAUGGAUAAAUCGGUGGAUUCAAUCGGGAGUUGCUCGCUAGACGUCGACGCCAGUACGGAUUUCUCAGAUACUACAUCCGGAAGCUUGAAUCUCCUCACACCGUCGUCAACAACUAGUAGGAUACGAGAUUUUACAUCUCGAUUACAAGAGAGGGCGUCCAACUUACAGCCCAGCUCUAGCCCCCAAGCGCCGAUAUCUCCAGCUAAAACACCUGACGACACAACCCCUACUCCUAGGAGAAAUGAUAACCUUCUGAAACCACCACCAAAAAUCUUUUUAGACACCUCAAGUCACAGAUCCAGAAGCCAUUUGAAAAAACGUGACGAAAUACCCCAAAAGAAACCUAGCUAUCUAAAUCUAGCCUGCUCUGUGAAUGGCUAUACAAAUUUGACUACUUACGACUCAAAAUUGCGUCAAGACAUCAAUAAAAGUCGAGAGGCUUCUCCCAUAAGACCAAUAACACAUACGUACCAGUAUAAAAGCGAAAGUAAUUCUUUAUUAGUACCAAUACCAGUAAGUGCGAAUAAACUGCUGGUACCAACGUUCGUUCCUCAUGAUACUAGAACUAAUCUGACAGCUAAAGCGCCUCCCAAGGCGCAUACCGACCCACAAAUAUCUUCUCCCACACAUGCAUUCAUGGCUAAGGAAAAUAAACAGUUGAAAAACGACUUUCUAGGCCCAAGUAUGACCACCACCAGCCGCCCAUACAUAUCCAGCGAAAGCAAAAACUUCGCAACAUCAAUGCUCCACCAGGACGAAGUGGAUAAUGCAAAGGAAAUAACUUUCAAAUCUAGCUUUUCAGAAACUAAUUUUCGUCAAACUGUGACAACUAACGGAAAAGAGAGUAGGUUCACAUCCGAAUCCUAUACCAUAUCCUCAAAUGGUGUCUCCAAACAUGUAGAAAUUACGAAAGAAAAUGGCGAGAAACUCACUAGUCCGAUGAAAAGCUUUAUUCAACAGCGCGUAGAACGACUAUACGGACCGGGAGCUUUAGCUCAAGGAUUCUUUAACCAGAAACGGCAUAAACCUAAAAGUUGUGGGGAAGAUGAUGACCCAAAAGUUUUGACGGAAAAAUCACUGAACUGUUCGAGUGAAAUUUUUCUGUCUCCGCGAAAAUCAAAUGAUAGCUUUGAUGAAAAUUGUAGUCCUACGAAAGAAGACCCAUCAGUUCUCCCAGUUUUAAGGCAUUUAAGGCCAGAAUUUCGUGCUCAAUUGCCAAUUCUUUCUCCGAGAAAGAGUUUGAAGUCCGAUCUAUCACCGGAUAAAAUAGACAUUCCCGAACAAAUUAAGACUGAAAUCCUAACCAGUGAAGUGACAAAUGGUGUAUCUGUGAUAAAUUUAGACGAAUCUGUGAGUGAAAAUGAAAGUGAAGUGAACUUUGUUAACAGUAAUGGUGUGGGCAAAGUGAACGGGGAUGCAAAAUUGAAGGAUGCAUACUAUUUCUUGGAUUUGGAGAAAAAAGAGACUGAGAGAUUGAUCGCCUUGGCUGCUGGUGCUGAGAAGGAAUUGGAAAGUUUACAGAAUCAGGAGAAUGUGAGUGAGGAAAUCCUAGGGUUCUUGCGCGCUGCUUCAGGCAAAGCACGGCUUCUGGCCACACAGAAGAUGCAGCAAUUUGAAGGCCUCUGCUACAACAACAUAAAUGAACGGGGCGAUGAACCUUUCCCGACCACCCUUGAGGACCUACAGGGUUUCUGGGAUAUGGUGUGCCUGCAAGUAAGGAAUGUGGACGCAAUUUACGAACAUAUUGACAUGCUGAAGAAGAACAAUUGGCAAGAAAUCGCGUCCCCGGUGACGAAACCAGUACAGUCGACUCCUGUACGCAGUCGCGCAGUGCGCACGCCCGUGGUAAUGAACGAGAAGGCCCGUUUAGCUGCUGAGAAGAGGGAGGCGGAUCGGAAAGCCAUGUUGGAACACCGCAGACGUGUGGCCCGCGAGCGCCAGUUAGCAGCCCGCGCUACUCCAGCUACAAGUCAUGAAAGAGACAACGAGAUGGCUAUUGAAGGCAGUCAGGAGGUAGAAAUCUUUGUGGGCAAAAGCGUGAAGCCAUCAGUCCCGCAAGGCGACUGCACUUCCGAAGAACAGAGCUGAUUCAACACGCAACACAACACACAAUAUGUUAACUGUACGCAACUAAAGCUUGUAUCUACACACUCCCACACAUAAAAAAUAUACAGGUGCGAUUUUUGAUAAUUGAAAUAUACAAUAUUAUUUCCAACAAUUAAUUGACUAUUUUUUUUUAAUGACUUCUUAAAUUUAAUUAUGUGAAUUCGAUAUUCAAUAUGCUAUUGUUUAUGAGUCUCAAUACACAUAAACAAAAAGGCUUAAUUUGCUUUAAUCUAAACUAACACAAACUUGUAUAAUUUAUUUUUUAUUACAUUGAAUUUAGUAUUUGAGUACGUAAACACUAAAGUCUGAGUAACAUUGAAUUGAUUUACUUAGUUUUCAUCUCCAUACAAUCUACAGAAAUGUGAGACCUUGGUAAAAUAAACAUACAGAAAUAAUUAUUAUGAUUGAUAAUAAGAUACGUUUUACAUUGACGUUAUAGUGAUGCGUAAACUAGGUUUUUUCUUCAAAAAUCGAAAAUCACACCUCGUUUUUAUUAUAUAGCCCAUGUUCUAUUAUCAGGGUCACAUUAUUUAUUUCUACAUAAUAUAAACAUACAUAUUAUAUAUUUAUCGUGCAAAAUUAUAAUUCCCUAUACCAGCAUUAUAUUAUGGAAAAUUAUAAUCUGUUUAUUAAAAUUGUUUAUAGUGCAAGAGCUAGCGACCGUAACUAUGGCGUUACUUUAAAAAGACCACAGAUCAACGUUAUCUUAUUUCAUCUGCAUAGAGUGAGCCACUGAAUGCGCUCGGAGGCACACGUGCCAGUCACAGCACGGUAUAAUUUCAUUAUAGUUUUUUUCGGGUCAUCUUAACAAUUCUAAUUUAGUAUGCUUUUUUAGUUCCCUCUUACGUCCCAGCGUAAUAAUAAAAAUAGAAACAAGCUUAUUCGAUUUCAUCUGAUUUCAUUUCGUGCUAAAAAGGAAUAUAACUAAGAUUGAACACAUUCUAUUACUUCAGCGUAAAAAUACCUAUUUAAGAAAGGAAGGUAAUGUAAUUUUCAUGCAAUUCAUUAUGAGAUAACAAAUCAAUUUUGGGAUUCCAUACACAACAGUUCACGGCGUUCGAUGUUGCUUUUCCAUUUCCGUUUUUCGGAAACGAACCAGCUGGGACCCGACGUACAUCAAUUAUCUGAGUUUCGUGGCUUAGUGUUAGCACAGUUGCGAUCGCUGUCUCCUAGACUACUUUGACUACUCCUAGUAACUGCCUGAAUUUAAUCUCUUGUAAGUUAGCCUAAUGCACCAAACUAUGGAAAGAUAUAUGAGUUGUAUAGUAUAUUAAUUAACACCUAAUACUGAAACGCUUGUUAUAAUUUAAGUGCACCGUAAAUUUAAGCGUAGAUUUCCUGAUAUCCCAUUAGAAUAAGAAGUUUUUCUGCGGUACUUAUGACCAUACCCAAAAAACAAGCUACAAGCAAAGCUUCAAGCUAAAUGUCAUGCCUUGAUAAAUUAAAUACUUUUUUUACAAACUUUAACGCCCAUUCGUCCAUUGGUUGGUGAAAUUUUUAUCAACUGUGUAACACAUACUUCUUUAUUUUACAAAAUACCAAUUUUCGUGGAUAUAACUUGAAAAAUUGAGGGCUUUCAUACAACGCUUCUUACUUAGUUUAAUCCUUACGUAGAAUUAAAUAAACUCCUUUUAUAACACUCUUUAGAAUCUCUACGUUCAGUUGUUCCGACUGUAGGUUAGCUACGCCUUACAGACCAGUCUGUAAUUUAAAACCAUACGUUAUAUCAAAUGAUGUUUCCCGUACACAAUUUAACCUCUGAUUGGUAGAAGCUACACUGUGUUUUUGUAAAUAAAACCUUCGGCUCUACGAAGGGGCAACACACAAAUUUCAGACGACGCUGAAAAUAUUCAAGGUGUGCUUAAAAAUGAAGCAGCAUUGCAUUUUUCACUAUAAGAAAUGCGUUUUUUAGUCGUUUCAGUAUUUGGCUAAUAGUUUACCAUUUACUAAAAUUGCACUUUAUGUGAGACGCAAUAAAAGUUGUUUUUGUAUAGAAGUUAACCAUGUUAUAAUAGAAAAAAAUCUUAUACUAUAAGUGCUUUAAUAAAAAUAUAUGGCCUUGCCUAUAAACGUUAAUUAACCUCAGCCAAUCACAGCACUCAGCACAGGUCCCCUUUUAGAAGAGAGAGGUUGCUUUUAAGACCCACAAGUCUGGUAUUAUGCGGGUUGGCGGGCUAAUUAACGCUUGUAAGUAAAGCCCAUAAUGUUUAAUAACGAAAUGACAACGGAAUAGGAUCUCUAAGGCGUCGUUCACACCUAACGAUUGAUCAAACGCACUGACUUUUUUUUACAUCGCGUAUUUUUUUUCUAAGCACACUGGCGUACUCAGUUUAUGUAGGCACUGAACAGACAAAUCCAGUGCUUAUAAAGUUUUUACCGAUAACCAACAAUUUCAGCGUGGUACGAUAUUUAUGUAAUUUUAGCCUAAAGUGGUUUGUCAUUCACUCAGCAAUAUACCGUAUGUCUUUAUGCAUAUAUAUCAAGCGCCAGGAAUGACUAAUGUUAUUUAUAUAUCAGGAAAGGACACGGAAAAAGUUCGUAUUACAAUGCAGAACUUUAAUACUACGUUCUUAUAUUAAUAAUUAAUUAUUAUACUUACUUAUAAACGCACAACCUAAAAAUAAAAGAUUUUUGGUUGAUAUUGAAUAAUGACUUUAUUUUGUCGAUAGACUUAACUGAAUCGCUUGUGCGUCAUCAAAAAUCGAAUUGCAAACAUCUAUUUAAUGACUGACAAAACGUGAGGUGUGAACAAAGUCUAAUAUUCAAGCUCGGUAGGUAAAUUUUGCUUGACUUUAAUUUCUACCAACGGCCCUAGACACAAGUGUUGUUAGUCGUUACUGUUUAAAAAAAAAAACGAAUUAGUGUUGCUAGUAUUGGAACGGUAUUGGAAAAAUCUACAAUAAUAAAAUAAAGUUGCCAGAUCUAAAAAUCGAAAUUAUUUAAUAUUUAUAAACACUUAAUAAUAUAGUAUUAUGUAAUUUGUAGGAUUUUUUUUCUAUUGGAAUGAUGUUAUAUUGGAAAAUUACCAGUUCAUGUCUGUUAAUUAAAUACAUUUAGGCUAACCGCACAUUCACUACUAGUCGCUCGGUAUUUAAGCUGGGUAGCAAAUGUAUUUAUCUAUAAACUCGUUUAAUCAUUUUAUAAGAAAAGUAACAAAUCAGUUGGAAACACCUUCGAUGUUCUUUACCAAUCAGCAAAUCUACCAUGUUUUUGUCUCAGCUUUAUCAAUAUUGGUGACGUAGACUGCGGGACGACAAAGUUUUAAUCCCACAAAUAUAUUUGACCCGGUGUCAGAUUGCAAAAUGCAAGCAACUACCAGGCCAAGAGAUAUUCCAAUAUAGUUAGUUCCCAUCCGACUACCAGGCCAGAAAAGUUUGUAGCUUUUACUGUACGCUUCUUAAGCCCCUAUAUCAUCUUAAUCAUUUAUACCAGAGCUACAACAUAGUCGCUGAUCCGACAUAGUAUUAAGUGUGCGGCCGGCCUUUGUAAUAUGAAAUGUUAGUUAUAAAAGUACGAUGUCUUGUUAUAAAGAUUUAGGUUGUACUACAAAGCAUAUAAGGUUCAGGUGGUUUAUUUCGUAAUGCAGGUACAAUCAAAGUCAACUUCAAAUGCGACUGCCAAAAUAUGACAUGGUUGGUUGGGGUUUAUGUAUGCAAAAUCGAACGAGAAAUUUUAAUUUUUAUUUAAAAUUUAAUUUCAAAACUAUUUGAUACAGUUCGAUUUUACCAUAGUAGCUGGUUUUGGUAUACUGCCAGAGUAAAAGAACAAAUUAUAAAAUAAAAUAAUUAAUCUUUCUAAGAUAACGAAACUGUUGCCCAUCCGGUGCCACUGCUAUUUUAAUGUCAUGGUGGAGGUUUACUACCAACUGUCUUAAUAUGAUGGCAAGGGUGCCGCCUUUUGUUUAUUGAAUUAUUAUUAUUAAAUAUUUGAAAUACUGAAAAAGAAAAUCUUAGAGACAUGCAUUAAAUGAAAUUAAUUGAAUGAAUUAUAUUUUCAACUAAAUGCCGUCCUGCGACAUCACCGCGUUCAUUUAAAAUUAUAUAAUUUAAAAUAUUAAAAAAAAUUACAUGUGAAACAAAUUUUUAUCGUAUUUUCUGGGCUUUCAAAGAAACACAAGUUUUCAGCGUUAUUUAUAGAGAUAUAACCUCUAAUUUUUAUAAAUCAAGAUUUCAUAUUCUCCAAAUGAAAUAUUAUUAAUUUUCAACAUUCUAGGUGAUUGAGACUGCUUUACGCAAUAACCACCUAAUUGUGAAAAGGUUGUAAGAAAACUGUAGAUAAUUCGCGAAAACUGAAGUAGUGAUACUAAUUUGAUUUUUUAAUGAUGACAAUAAAUAAUUUAAUAUUGAAGGCUGGUCCAUUGAUUUGUGUAUUUAAAUUGACUGAUUUUUUUAAAUACAUUUUUUUAACUAUAAUGAAUAAUUUUAAUGAAUUUCUAACUAAACAUUUUAUUUUACUGGCUAAUGUUAUAUUUUAUUCUGCGAUAAAUAAAAUUAAUUGAAUUCUUUGCUCAGUACUUUGUGAUCAUUGAAAAAUCAAAGGGAUUUAAUGUUAUUUCGAUUUAUACAUAUUAUUAUAACGUACCUACACUA